UCGAGAGUUUCUAACGUGCCCCUUGUUGUCUCUCGGCUGCCGUCCUCGGAACCACCGCCCCCCUUGUCGGUUCCCUCUCCCCCUCCCCCCCUCAGCCGGCCCCGGCUGGCGCCUCUGGCGCUACGGGCUGGGCAAGAUGGCGGCCUUCGGGAUCUUGAGCUACGAACACCGGCCCCUGAAGCGGCCGCGGCUGGGCCCUCCCGAUGUGUACCCUCAAGAUCCCAAACAGAAGGAGGAUGAACUGACGGCCUUGAAUGUAAAACAAGGUUUCAAUAACCAGCCUGCUGUCUCUGGGGAUGAACAUGGCAGUGCCAAGAACGUCAACUUCAAUCCUGCCAAGAUCAGUUCCAACUUCAGCAGCAUUAUUGCAGAGAAGUUACGUUGUAACACCCUCCCUGACACUGGUCGCAGAAAGCCCCAAGUGAACCAGAAGGACAACUUCUGGCUGGUGACUGCACGAUCCCAGAGUGCCAUUAACACCUGGUUCACUGACCUGGCUGGCACCAAGCCACUCACGCAACUAGCCAAAAAGGUCCCCAUUUUCAGUAAAAAGGAAGAAGUGUUUGGGUACUUAGCCAAGUACACAGUGCCUGUGAUGCGGGCCGCCUGGCUCAUUAAGAUGACCUGUGCCUACUACGCAGCAAUCAGUGAGACCAAGGUGAAGAAGAGACAUGUCAUUGACCCCUUCAUGGAAUGGACUCAGAUCAUCACCAAAUACUUAUGGGAGCAGCUGCAAAAGAUGGCCGAGUACUACCGGCCAGGGCCUGCAGGCAGUGGGGGCUGUGGGUCCACUAUAGGGCCCUUGCCCCAUGACGUAGAGGUGGCAAUCCGGCAGUGGGACUACAACGAGAAGCUGGCCAUGUUCAUGUUUCAGGAUGGAAUGCUGGACAGACAUGAGUUCCUGACCUGGGUCCUUGAGUGUUUUGAGAAAAUCCGCCCUGGAGAGGAUGAAUUGCUUAAACUGCUGCUGCCCCUGCUGCUUCGAUACUCGGGGGAAUUCGUUCAGUCUGCGUACCUCUCCCGCCGCCUUGCCUACUUCUGUACCCGGAGACUGGCCUUGCAACUGGAUGGCGUGAGCAGUCACUCAUCUCACGUUAUGUCCGCUCAGUCGACAAGCACACUGCCCGCCACCCCUGCUCCUCAGCCCCCAACCAGCAGCGCACCCUCUACACCCUUUAGCGACCUGCUGAUGUGCCCUCAGCACCGGCCCCUGGUUUUUGGCCUCAGCUGUAUCCUUCAGACCAUCCUCCUGUGCUGUCCUAGUGCCCUGGUUUGGCACUACUCGCUGACCGAUAGCCGCAUUAAGACUGGCUCACCACUUGACCACCUGCCUAUUGCUCCCUCCAACCUGCCCAUGCCAGAGGGCAACAGUGCCUUUACUCAGCAGGUCCGUGCAAAGUUGCGUGAGAUUGAGCAGCAGAUCAAGGAGCGAGGACAGGCGGUUGAGGUUCGCUGGUCUUUCGAUAAGUGCCAGGAAGCCACUGCAGGCUUCACCAUUGGACGGGUGCUCCAUACUUUGGAAGUGUUGGACAGCCACAGUUUUGAGCGCUCUGACUUCAGCAACUCUCUCGACUCCCUUUGUAACCGAAUCUUUGGGUUGGGCCCUAGCAAGGACGGGCACGAGAUCUCCUCGGAUGAUGACGCCGUAGUAUCAUUACUGUGUGAAUGGGCCGUCAGCUGCAAGCGUUCUGGUCGGCAUCGUGCUAUGGUGGUAGCCAAGCUGCUGGAGAAGAGACAGGCCGAGAUUGAGGCCGAGCGUUGUGGAGAAUCAGAAGCCGCAGAUGAGAAGGGUUCCAUUGCCUCUGGCUCCCUUUCUGCUCCCAGUGCUCCCAUUUUCCAGGAUGUCCUCCUGCAGUUUCUGGAUACCCAGGCUCCCAUGCUGACGGACCCCCGAAGUGAGAGUGAGCGAGUGGAGUUCUUUAAUCUGGUCCUGCUCUUCUGUGAACUGAUUCGACACGAUGUUUUCUCCCACAACAUGUACACUUGCACCCUCAUCUCCCGGGGGGACCUCGCCUUUGGAGCUCCUGGCCCCCGGCCUCCGUCUCCUUUUGAUGACCCUACUGAUGACUCAGAGCGCAAGGAGGCCGAGGGCAGCAGCAGUAGCAAGCUGGAGGACCCAGGGCUCUCGGAGUCGAUGGACAUUGACCCUAGUUCCAGUGUGCUCUUCGAGGACAUGGAGAAGCCUGAUUUCUCAUUGUUCUCCCCUACUAUGCCCUGUGAGGGGAAGGGCAGUCCAUCCCCCGAGAAGCCAGAUGUUGAGAAGGAGGUGAAGCCCCCGCCCAAGGAGAAGAUAGAAGGGACCCUUGGGGUUCUUUAUGACCAGCCGCGGCAUGUGCAGUAUGCCACGCACUUUCCCAUCCCCCAGGAGGAGUCAUGCAGCCAUGAGUGCAACCAGCGGUUGGUCGUACUGUUUGGGGUGGGGAAGCAGCGAGAUGAUGCCCGCCAUGCCAUCAAGAAAAUUACCAAGGAUAUCCUGAAGGUUCUGAACCGCAAGGGGACAGCGGAAACUGACCAGCUUGCUCCUAUUGUGCCUCUGAAUCCUGGAGACCUGACAUUCUUAGGUACCUCACAGUAA